UUCCAUUUGAAAGGCAGCGUCAAAGUAAGUUUAGUAAAUACGUACUAAAUACUUACAGAGAGACUCUCAGAAAAUAUAUAUACAGUCGGUCGUCGGUGAAGAGGGUAAAGUCGGUGACAUAUCAAUCCGGCCAUCCUCCUUUACAUCCAUCUCCCUAUCGACAAGCUUGAAGAUCGGUGAUCUGAUUGAUAUACUAGUAGAAUAAAAAUACAAGUUUAUUUAAAUUUGGAUUUAUUUUAGAAUGGCUGCUGUUUAUUCUUCUUCUUCAACAAAUGGAAUGGUGCCAAUAACUAGGGCAUUUCUGUCAUCUUAUUAUGACAAAUACCCUUUUUCUCCUAUUUCCCCUGACGUCACUCGCCUUACUAAUGAAUUGCAAAAUAUGGCUAGUCUUCUCGUUGAUAACCAUCUGCCCCAAGGGGUAGGAUUAUUAAUACAAGAAGCAGAAUCUGACCCACCACACAAAAUGGAUGAGAACAUGUGGAAGAACCGGGAGCACAUUGAAGAAAUUAUUUUUUUGCUUGAAAGUUCGCAUUGGCCAAAAUCUCUUCAACAGCAGUCCACUCCAGAAGACGUUGAACUUGCUCAAGUUCUUAAACAACUGAAAGAUAAGUUUGAAGUCGCCUCAAAGGUGGUGGAGUCCUUCCAAUCUAAAAACUCUAAUAAUAUCUUCACUACAGUUAUGACAUACAUGCCACAAGAUUUCCGAGGCACAUUAAUAAGACAACAAAGAGAGCGGUCAGAGAGAAAUAAGCAAGCUGAAGUUGAUGCCCUGAUAAAUUCUGGUGGAACCAUACGUGACCGAUAUGCCCUUCUUUGGAAGCAACAAAUGGAAAGGAGAAGGCAGUUAUCCCAGCUUGGUUCUGCAACAGGUGUUUACAAGACUCUUGUGAAGUAUUUAGUAGGAGUUCCACAGGUUCUUCUUGAUUUUAUUCGACAGCUAAAUGAUGAUCACGGGCCCAUGGAGGAACAGCGGCAGCGUUAUGGACCACCUCUGUAUGCCCUGACAAAAAUGGUGAUCAACAUUCGCCUUUUCCUUUCUCUGUCUUGGUUGCGCUUGGAUGAUAUUAAACUGCAGAAAAAUCAAAUAUCGAUCUUGGAAGAAGCAGUUCAAGUCUAUGUUUCUGAAUUAGAAAGAUUUCUGAACUUUAUCGGUGAGGUGUUCGCAAAUUCUCCAUUCUUUGUUACAGCAGAGGAAGCUGGUGCAAUAGAAGGAGUAAAGAACGAUGGCUAUAGUGAAACAACUGUUGCUGCAGGGAAAAGUCAUGAGGUUUCACUGAAAGUGGAGUCUGUAAACUCAUACAUUGCAUGGGAUUUCUCCAUAUUGCAAGGGAAAAUAAGCACGGACAUUGGGUUUAGUGUGGAGCACACAGAUUCAAAUGGACAGAAGACGCUUAUCUUGCCCUACCACCGAUACGAGUCAGACCAAGGCAAUUUCUGUACUAUCAUGGCUGGUAACUACCGACUCGUAUGGGACAAUUCGUAUUCAACAUUCUUCAAAAAGGCUUUGCGAUACAAGGUGGAUUGUAUACCACCCGUUGUGGAACCGGUAACCUCUACAGCGGCUGAAGCAGAUGAAAGGGGGUAGUAUGUUUUGUAAUUGUGACAUAACAUCAUUUUCCGUACACAUUGUGUCCCUAGAAGUAUACAAACCAAGUGUUUAAUGCACUGGCGAGAUAUGUAGAGAGCCUUAACAUUUGAAACAGGUGAUUGUAAAGUUAUGACGUUUUGUUAACCUAUAUGGUGAGUUGAUUUCUUCUGUGAAAGUGUAAUUUUUAUGGCA